AUGCUUGACCCUUUGACCGCCUUAAGUAUCGCGAGCUCUGUCAUCCAGAUCGUCGACUUCGGAUGUAAGCUAGUUUCACAAAGUCAAGAGAUAUACUAUUCCGCCAAUGGCGCGACAAAAGAUAAUGUGACAAGUGGCGAGAUUACUAAGGAUAUCAACCUCCUAUACAAGGAUCUAACCAGUAAGGACCAAAACUUCCAAAUGCUAGACGACGAUGACAGAGCACUUGGAAAGCUCGUCGGUGCAUGCCUGCGAGAAGUAGAAGCAUUGAUGAACCUCCUGGCGGAGUUGGAGGUGCCGCCAGAUGCAACGCAAUGGAAAAGCUUCAAGAACGCCAUCAAAAGUGCACGAAAGAAAGGGAAGGUCAAGGAUAUUGAGACACGAUUGCUCAAGAUACAGAAGCAGAUUGAUUCUCGAUUACAAGUAAUGAUGACCAACCAGCAGUCUGAACUAUCCAAGCGAAUGAACCACAUCUCCAAGGAGCAUACCCUAAUGCAGAUCGAGAGCGUUCACCACAUGGAGCAGCUAAAGGCUGACAUUCGGAGAUACGCCGCGCGACAGGCUGAUGACAGCAAUCGCGCCCAGAUCCUAAUUCAGAAACUCGGCGACCUGGCCGAAGAAGGUCACAGAGUGGCGAAUGAAGAAAAAAUCCUCAAGAGCCUUGAGUUCACCGAGUGGAAGCGCAGAUUCAAUGAUGUUCACAAAGCUCACACGCAGACUUUCGAUUGGAUGUUGGAAGACUCCAAGGACCCUGCCAUACCACCCACAGGCUUCAAGGAGUGGCUCCAAGGUAAAAAUGGUAUCUAUUGGAUCUCUGGGAAAGCAGGGUCUGGGAAAUCCACUCUCAUGAAGUUCCUCGCCGAGAACCCACGCGUUAGCCACUAUCUCCAAGAUUGGGCGGGUCUUUCUGCAAAACCGGUAUUGAUCUCCUGGUUUUUCUGGGCUGUUGGAUCGGCUAUGCAGAAGUCCAAAGAAGGUCUCUUUCAGUCGCUGCUAUUCCAGAUUCUGAGACGAUGCCCUAAUCUCAUUCCGAUUGUCUGCGAAAGUAGAUGGCAAGAAGAUAGUGCAUACGGCGAAGAGAGCGAUCCAUGGACCCUUGAGGAACUCGACGCUGCUUUUGUCAUCAUAUCAAACCAGCCCACGCCCGGGAUACUGUUCUGCAUGUUCAUUGAUGGCUUGGACGAAUAUGAUGGACGACCCACCGAAAUUAUAGACAGGCUCCAACUCUUGGCAAAAGCUGAAAACAUCAAAAUGUGUCUCGCCAGUCGUCCUUGGACUCCAUUCAGGAUAGCUUUCGCUGAAGGGAACUGCGAUGGCUCACUUCUACUCGAAAGACAUACGAAGCAUGAUAUCGAGCGCUUCGUGAGGGAUAUACUAGAGAAAGAUAAAAGAUUCACCCAAGCAGAGCGAAUAGACAAGAAAUAUGGUUUGUUUGUCCAUGAAGUGAUUGAAAGAGCCCUCGGUGUAUUCUUGUGGGUGUUCUUGGUAGUCAAUCAGCUUUUGAAAGGAUUGGGAGAGCGGAACAAAUUAGAAGACCUCCAAGCAAAACUCGACACAAUGCCGAAAGACUUGGAAUCUUAUUUCAAGCAAAUAUUCGAUGGAAUUGACACAGCACACCGGACGGAAUCUGCCAAGGUGUUCCUUCUGACGACCCAUGCUGUGCAGCCACUCUCUGUUGCCUGCUAUCGCUAUCUCGAGAAAGAACAUCGCGAGCCGGGCUACGCGCUUGAAGCGUUGAUCGAGCCGAUGUCCCCAGAACAACUGACGCUCGUACACGAAGAUGUUAGGGAUCGGAUCAAUUUCCUGUGCAAAGACUUACUCGAGGUGAAUGAGACCCUUACCGACCAAAGGCUUGAUUAUCAAGUGGACUUCCUCCAUAGAACUGUAAGCGAUUUUCUCAUGGAAAAGGACAUGUACCAAGACCUGGUUCAACGCGCGACCGACAACGAUACAGCCAAAUGGGAUCCUCACCAAGCACUCUGCUACGUAGAGCUGGCCAGAGCGAAGAGCUUGCCUCUCAAACAUGGCAUUCAAAACCGACUCAACGUCGUGUUUUCUCUCGUUGACACACUCAUGUUCUAUGCCCACGAAGUUGAAAUAGAGCAGAAAGCGCCACAGACCAAAUUACUAGAACAACUCGAUCGAGUCAUCUCGGACUACGCUGAUAAUGGUAUGGUCUAUCACUGGACAAAUGCUCGCGAUCCACCAAGAGGCUUGUACUUCGACGAAUACAACUACAACAGCUUUCUCGCGUUGGCAGUUCAGAGUCGCCUAGGCUUGUAUGUCAAGGAGAAGCUCGAUAGCAAACCUAACCUUCUGCGCGCCAAAAGUGGCCGCCCGUUUCUGGAUUACGCACUGCGACCCAAUAUUGUAACCCCGACUAGACUUCCGCAACUUGUGGAGUUUAUCGAUUUCGACAUGGUUCGCUUGCUUCUGGACAAGGGAGCCAACCCCAACGAAAAGGUAUCGAUUUACGGCAACAUCACCGUCUGGGCGCUUUUCCUCCUCUCAUGCUACGAGAAAAAGGAUAUCAAAAGUUCCCAAGCCAAAGAAACCUGGUUCAAAGCGGCGGAGUUGAUGAUCAGAAAAGGCGCUGAUAGGAAGCUGAAGCUUGAGACUACGCGGCGAGAAAAAAUGGCGAACCACUUAGAGGCGGAGACGGCUGCGCUGGUGAAGACGGCAAAGUAUCGAAGAGUGGUCACUCGAGGAGGGAUUAUUGAAGUAGAUGUCCCAGUGGAGCUCACGGCUGUGAGUAUCUUGAGGGAGAUCUUCGGCGAUGGCAAGAUUGCGGAGAUAGAGGCUAUUGUGCCCGAGACAUCGAGCUGGAGUGUGUGGAACUUGAUACCCUGGACUUGA